AUGGCAAAUAAUUCUAUAACCAUGGACGCCAGUCUGUCCAGCCUAAACUCUGUCGAUAACGACACUUCUGCAACUUCCAGCGCCCAUAUCGAUUCCCAAGCAUCAAAGUGGGCAUCAGCCUCCACUUCACUUACCGCGUCGCCGGCACAGUCUAGAGAUACAUCACCAAUUCGCCCAUCUGCUAAGCCAGGAAGAACAAACCGUACACCCACAGCCCCCUCCCGGUCACGCAAGAGCAGUAUUCAAGACCCUAGCCCGUCUAGAUCUAGAACUACGACUCCUGCACCUUCAACUUCUCGACAACAGCUUUUCUCCGCCGCAACGCCCUCGUUACCUCCCCCGUCAAGUUCCGAGUCCGUGCCGCAAACUUCCGCUCCGCAGAAAGUCUCCGUUGCGUCCGAUCUAUCCAAAGACUCGCCUCGGUGGCCCGUGUCACCUCGGUUGAAAUCACCGCCGCCUAAUAUCGGCCGACCAGCGGUGGCCGGUUCAUCGUUGCGAAAACCCGAGCAAGAAAUACCCGCCGUAAAUGUUCAGCGAGCAACGCCUUCGCCUCACGUGGAAUCUGCUUCGCAGUCUACCUCCGACAACGAGGCGGAAGAGUCGCAAAUGUCGUCUGGUAUGAGGACCCCGGCUCGUGGACCAAGCAAUGGAUCCUCGACCCUGGAGACGGUCCAGGAGGUUAGUCAACCCAAUACCCCGCGACCAGGACUAGAUGCCGCUAUUGAAAAGCUUGCUGAAACCGCCGCUGCGCAGUUAUCGGUGCAAUCCAAAAGUUCUACGAGCACGAUUAAGAGGACAAACUCUAUUCACAAUGCGACGAAUAGCGAAAGUGGUAGCGAUGGCGGGAACGUUAAGAGCACGAGAAGGACAGGCGCUGCUGGUCCUACACCUUCACUUGCUAGCAGGCAGUCAAGUACGACCCUAAAAUAUGGCACGAAGGGACCAACUUCGGCCGAGAGUUCGUCGAGAAACAUGACGGUCGAGACGGAGCAAAUCAAUAACCUUCCAGGGCUUUCAAUAGCCCCGAAUACCAGGAACCAAGGAGCGAACGCGAGUUUGAGAACGAAAGCCAGCUCAGAAACGAUAAAACCGAAGAAGGAAAAGAAGAAGCACACGAGAAAGCCGGCAUCUGUUACUUCUGGCAAUGGUGAGCUAGCCACCACACUGACACUUAAACUUCGACAUAGUUGCUCGAUACCAUCCAUUUCAUCUCAUCAUUCAAGCAUAUACGGUCAAGGAUCGUAUGGAGAAGAUUCCAUCAUAACACAGCUAUCGAUCAACAGUUCAAAUUUUACCUCACAUAUGACCAAUUUACUAACCAGAGGACCCCGUCCAGCAUCCUCAAAAGCAGAUAUUUUCGAGGCCAAAGUCGCCAGCGCAGUGGAGGAAGCUAACUCUUCCGACUCGGACGAAACUUUCGUUUACGAUUCGAACCCGCCAGAUUUAUGCGACCGCCCUCACCGUUACCACUCGCGGACACCCAGUGCGACCUCUAUAGCCAGCCAAGUCAACCGGAACGGAGGACGCUCUGUGACAGGCAUGGUAGAGACCAGCGCACCGACUAUGCCAAUAAAGAAGAACAUGAAGUUUGUUAAUAGUUACAUAAGUAGCGGAACCGACGGCCCUCUUGGAGAUGAUGACGGUCGGGGCACAAGCCGGAGUAAUAUUGGUUCUGCACGAGGCACAGGCCGCCAUCAUCACCAUCCUAACCGUUGGGGUCGAAAUAACAGUAGUAAUCACCUCUCGCUGUUCGAUAACGAAUCUCCCUUCCCCAAUGCAGCUAAGUCGAAGUUCGGUGGAAAUAAUUCAAAGCAGGGCUCUAAUCCCUCAAGCCCUAGAUUCGGUACCGGUCGAGGUUGGGCAGCUACUAGUAAACGGCAAAUGGGACUCCCAGGCGGCUAUGAUAUCGACGACACCACCACCGGCGCUGAUGACGAAAGGACACCUCUUCUCAACGGUGGGGCCAGGUCUAUUAGAUCUAAUCGAAGUCGUCGUCACCCGUACCCGAGAAAUCUCGAAGCGCAGACGUAUCAGCGAAACCCUUCAUUCCUCAACCGAUUUGCGAGUUGUCUAGUCCUUACUAUAAUGCUAUUAGUAGUUCUCUCUGGGGCACUCGGUUUCAUGUUUGCGACAUCCCAGCCGCUCACAGAUAUUGAACUUGUCAAGAUUGGAAAUGUCCUAGCCAGCGAACAGGAGUUGAUGAUGGACGUUACUGUCAAAGCGCACAACCCGAACGUCGUUGUCGUAAUGAUCGACACGUCCGACCUUGAGAUAUUCGCAAAGUCGCCACAUGCUGGUACGGACUCGGAAUGGUGGCGCCAUCCUGGCCCAGACGAGCUUGGUACUCUAGACGACCCCAAGGACGACCCGCCAGUCGUCAAACUACCCGGUGAGGGCGAGGGUGAUAAUGACGGCAAACCGCCUUCUGAAGAUACAUCACCGAAUAUGCGUCUUGGAAAUAUUGUUGUCUUCGACAGUCCGUUGACUUAUGAAGGGUCAUUUUUCCAAUCUGGCAUUUCUACUUCCACGGGAUCUUUACGGCUCACUCGACCUGGCAACGGUACCGACGGCGGCUCGGAGCGGUGGGAACGCAUUAUCGCGGACGAGUUCACUCUAAUCGUCAAAGGAGUUCUGAAGUAUACAUUGCCCCUUAGCCAGAGGACUAGAAAUGUGGCCAUCUCUGGCAAAACAGUUGUCAAGCCAAAUUCGGCGAAUAAUCCAUCCUUACGACCUAACGAAACUGUGUCCGCAAUAGAAUAA